GCAGCCGGCCUCUUCUCGCUGCAGAGCAAGUCUAACGAGAAUGCUAUCAGCCUGGAGAGUCAUAUAUCUAGUGGUGGGAGCAAUCUGUCUGUCGGACAGCGACAAAUCAUUGCACUGGCCAGGGCACUUGUCCGUCAGAGCAAGCUCCUGAUCCUUGAUGAAGGUGCGGUACUAUGCGAUUACGAGAUGGAUACGCUCAUCCAAAGCUCAUUGCGCAAUGAACUGAGUAAGGAUGUGACGGUACUAACUAUAGCGCACCGUCUCCAGACUGUGAUGGAUGCGGACAAAAUUAUGGUCCUCGAUGCCGGACGUAUCACGGAGUUUGGAAGGGCCAGCGAGCUUCUCAAGAAUGAUGAGGGAUUGCUCCGCGCUUUGGUCGAUGAGAGUGCAGACCGGGAGCAUUUGUUAGCU